AAAAUCUGACGGCGCGCGGGGAGCCAGGACCAGGAGACCGAGCGAGUGCUCAUCGCAGCUCGGGGGCACGCGCAGCAGCAGCCAGAUCAGCAGCGCUGCAUCCCCGACCCCGAGUACUCAAGGAGCGCUAGCGAGGACGAAGAGCCUCAUCGGACGCCACAACAAGGGAUUCGCGCAACAUCUGGAACAGACGGCAGCCGUUUCACUUCCCUUCCUCAGAGGAGGAGUCGCAGCAGAGACAUGCAGAGCCAGCAGCAGCUCCAAGGGUCCGAAGCGGUCCAGGCUCCCGGUAGAAAGAAGCUGAAAAGGCCGGCCGGUCCGUCGGGACGCGAGGAACCUGACGACGGCGGCGGCGGCGACGACGACGAGCCGCCCCGACGAAGCAGGAACACGAAGGACGCGCAGACGUCGACGUCCGCCGUUCGUGGCCUGCUGCGCGAUUUCUUCGAGCAGCAGCUGCGCUUGGACGCGCAGCGCCAGGAGACGAUGGAGAGGAGGGCGCGGGAGCGGCUGUUCUUCGAAGACCAAUGGCGGCAGUCGAUGCAGAGGAUAGAGCAGGAGAGGCUGAUGCUGGAGCAGGCGUGGGCGGAGCGCGAGGAGCAGAGGAGGAUGAGGGAGGAGGACAGGGCGGAGAGAAGGGACGCGCUUCUCACUACCUUGCUCACCAGGCUCCUGCAGGGAGACCUCUAGUCCAUCGCAGAUCCGGCGAGAGAUUAGGAUAGAAAAUCAGGAUAGAUUGUAGUUGACUAGGAUUGCUUCGUUCAUAUACUUCUUUACAUGGAAAUAAUGUUAGCUGACUGCAGGUCAAUUGUUAA